AGUUGAUAAAAAAAAUGCUUAUAGCUCGAUGCCAAACUCUCCUAAAGCUUAAGCCCCUCUUAUCUUUCCGUUUUCUUGCUCGACCUUUAGCAACUUCUUCAGCAUUUCUACAUUCAAGUUCUAUCCCAAAACCCCACAAUGAAAACCCCACCAAAUUUACGCAGUUUCCACUAAGUUUCUACCAAUAUUUCUCUUGGAAGCCUUCAGAUUCUUCGCCUGAACAAUCGUUGCCACUCACUCGAGAUGGUAACUAUGAUGAAGCCGCGUCAGAGACGCUCAUUGUCUGCCCUGGUUGUGGGGUUCACAUGCAGGACUCUGACCCUAAACACCCUGGCUUCUUCAUCAAGCCCUCGCAGAAAGAUCCCGAGACUUAUCGGUUGCAUGCCCAUCUUGAACCCGUUGCUCAAGAACCAGAAUUCUCCGAUUCCCUCAAAAGGGGUCUCGUGAUUGAGCCCGAAAGCCAUGGUGCUGAUGCUGGUUUGCCUGAAGUUAGGCCUGAGAAGCCGGUGGUAUGUGCGCGGUGCCACUCUUUGAGGCACUAUGGUAAGGUGAAGGAUCCAACGGUGGAGAACUUGUUGCCAGACUUCGAUUUUGAUCACACCAUAGGGAGGAAGUUGGCAUCUGCAAAGGGGACUCGGUCAGUAGCGCUUAUGGUCGUGGAUGCAUCGGAUUUUGACGGCUCAUUCCCGAAAAGGGUCGCGAAGUUGGUGUCGGCAACAAUCGACGAGUACUCUACAGCGUGGAAAGAGGGGAAGUCAGGGAAUGUGCCAAGAGUGGUGCUUGUGGUGGCAAAAAUUGAUCUUAUUCCGAGCUCUGUGUCGCCGACUAGGUUCGAGCAUUGGGUCAGGCAGAGAGCAAGGGAAGGUGGAGCUAACAAGCUAACGAGUGUGCAUUUGGUGAGUGCAGUGAAGGAUUGGGGAUUGAAGAACCUUGUUGAGGAUGUCACCGCUUUAGCGGGGCCAAGAGGGAAUGUUUGGGCGAUUGGGGCGCAAAAUGCCGGGAAGAGUACGCUGAUAAAUGCAAUAGGAAAGCAUGUUGAAGGGAAGAUUUCUCAUUUGACGGUAGCGCCUGUUCCCGGAACAACGCUAGGGAUCGUCAGAGUGGAAGGUGUUCUUCCUCGUCAGGCUAAGUUGUUUGAUACACCAGGGCUUUUGCACCCCCAUCAAAUUACAACAAGGCUGACUAGAGAAGAACAGAAGCUUGUUCAUGUUAGCAAGGAGUUGAAACCAAGGACUUACAGGAUCAAGGCCGGUCAUUCAGUUCAUAUUGCUGGUCUGAUGAGGCUGGAUGUCGAAGAAUUAUCGGUAGACUCUGUCUAUGUUACAGUAUGGGCAUCUGUUUAUCUUCCAUUACACAUGGGGAAAACUGAAAAUGCAGCCGAAAUGGUACAGGACCAUUUUGGUCGUCAGUUGCAGCCACCAAUUGGGGAGCACAGAGUUAAAGAGCUUGGGCAGUGGGUGAGGAAAGAGUUCCGAGUUUGUGGCAACAGCUGGGACUCGAGUUCCGUGGAUAUCUCAGCUGCUGGUCUUGGCUGGUUUGCUGUUGGGCUUAAAGGAGAAGCAGUAUUAGGUGUUUGGACUUAUGAUGGAAUCGACGUUGUUCUUCGCAAUUCAUUGAUUCCCUAUAGAUCAAAGAUCUUCGAAGUCGCAGGUUUUACGGUCUCCAAAAUUGUCUCCAAGGCGGACCAAGCUUCAAACAAGUCGUUACGCCAAAAAGAGAAGAGGAAGCAAACCGACCCAAAAGAAACUUCACCAAAUGAAUCAUCAUUACUAACAACUGAAGCAGAUUCACUUCUUGUUAAGACUGGUUGAAUGCAAAAGAGAAGAAAGAUAAUGUAGACUUCUCGCGACGAUAAUUACCGACGGAAAUCGAUGAUGAAGGGGUGACAUGCUACUUAAACACAUGCAUAGGCUCUGCAGUUUAAUUAAGCAAGAAGAAAAUGAUGUCCAUAGAUGAAAUAGAGUUAUAGCUGCCAACCUCUACUUUCGUGUAGAGAGCGGAUAGUCCAAUUUUGAGAUCUCUUUUUUUUCUUUUUUUUUUUUCCUCUGUUUUAGACAUGAAAAUUGCCGUUUCUUUGGCAUGUUUGCUGAAGAGGUGGUAUGGAAAUAUUACAAGUAAACGGUCAAAGCUUCCCUUAAUUGUGUCAUCAAAUAAACCCUUUUUCUAUAAGGAAGGGCG